AUGAAUGAAUAUGAGGUUAUUGUUGAACGUCAUCCUGGGUCACAAAUUAAUGAUCUAGAUAAGCACAAGUUUCUUGUGCCGAGUGAAAUAACGGUUGCCCAAUUCAUGUGGAUUAUCCGAAAGAGGCUUGAACUGUCCCCUGAGAAGGCACUGUUCCUUUUCUUCGAUGACUUAGUGCCACAAGCCAGCUUGACUAUCGGCCAAUUGUACAACGAACGCAAGAGCGAUGAUGGCUUCCUCUAUGCGCAUUACAGUGGAGAGAAUUCCUUCGGCGUAACAUCGGCGAAUCCUGGACAAGUAAAAUUCUAUCAAACUUGCAUCAUUCGGCAAAAUUUGUGUCUCUGCGUCAACACCGGUUUUCGCGGGCACAAAGAGCGGCGUCGGAGGUCUGUCGAGAAAUGCAUCGGUCUGGCAGCAGACGUCGUCGGCUUCGAUAACAUCGUAAAGCUCCUCAAGGAAGAGUUCAGUUUGAACGUCGGUGUGUUUUCGCCCUGA